AUGCGCGUCUCCGCUACCCUUGCUGCCGGCGCCCUCGCCGUCAGCGUUUCUGCCCAGAACUACCUUGGCUUCAACUCCGGCGCCACCCUGGCCGACCGCUCUGCCAAGUUCAAGGCCGACUUCGAGGCCGAGUUCAAGGCUGCCCAGAGCCUGCCCAAUGCCCCCGGCAACUUCAACGCCGUCCGUCUCUACACCAACAUCCAGGCUUACUCCCAGGAUGACCCUAUUGAGGCUUUCGAGGCGGCCAUUGACACCAAGACGUCCAUCCUGCUCGGUGUCUGGGCCUCGGGCACUGACAACAUCGACAAGGAGGUGUCUGCCCUGAAGAAGGCCGUCGAGAAGUUCGGCUCCAAGCUGACCGACCUUGUCAUCGGUGUCUCCAUCGGUUCCGAGGAUCUCUACCGUGUCUCUGUCACCGGUGUGAAGAACAAGUCUGGUGCCGGUAACUCGCCCGACGCCAUUGUUGGUUUCAUCAAGGACUUCAAGGAUGCCUUCAAGGGCUCUGCCCUCAGCUCCGUCCCCGUCGGUCACGUCGACACCUGGGACUCCUGGUCCAACGGCACCAACAAGGCCGUCAUUGACGCUGUUGACUUCCUCGGUGUGAACGAGUUCCCCUACUACGAGAACGACAAGGGCAACGACAUCAAGAACGCCGGUCACCUUUUCGACAAGGCUUACGACAUCACCAUCGCUGCUGCUGGUGGCAAGCCCGUCUGGGUCACCGAGACUGGCUGGCCCGCUGUUGGUCCCGACUGGGAUCAGGCCGAGGCUUCUGUCCAGAACGCCAAGUACUACUGGAAUGAGGUCGGCUGCCGUCAGCUCUUCGGCAAGACCCCCACCUUCUGGUACACUCUCCGUGACUCCAACCCCGACAACAAGAUGAAGUUCGCCAUCACCGAGUCUGUCGGCGGCAAGCCCCUCUUCGACCUCACCUGCCCCAAGACCUUCGACACCGACAAGCAGAAGGCCUCCUCCUCCGCUGCCGCCCAGUCCACCUCCGCUGCCACCGCUUCCGGCUCCAGCAACGCUACUGCCACUGGCAGCGGCUCCGCCUCGGAGACGUCUGCCAUCUCUGGUGGCAACGGCUCCGGCAACGGCUCUGGCUCCGACUCUGGUUCGGGCUCUGCCUCCCCCUCGGGCUCUGGCAACGGCUCCGGAUCCGGCUCGGCCUCUCCGUCGGGCUCCGGCAACGGCUCCGGUGCCAACGGCGGUUCUGGUUCAGGCUCUGCCGAGAACCCUGCCUCCACCGAGGGCACCUCCCCCUCCACCGUUCCCGAGUCCUCCGCCGCCUCGCUCCAGAAGACCGUCGCCGUCGCCGCCCUGGCGCUCGUCGCCGGCCUCUUCACCCUUGCUUAA